UCCGACAGUCUGAACACGGAGAUGAUGGUAAGAGGCAGCGGCGGAUCGAUCAGCAACAGAUAUCGAUAGGUGUUAUUGAUGACAGAUGGAGGAUCGAGUCUCUGAACCCAAACUGGUUCUGGUCUUCAGCGGGAAGCGGAAGUCCGGAAAGGAUUAUGUGACGGACCUGAUCCACAACCGUUUAGGACCUGAUGUUUGCUGCAUCCUGCGUCUGUCUGGACCUCUCAAACAGCAGUACGCUCAGGAGCACGGCCUGGACCUGGACCAGCUGCUGGGUCCUGGUCUUUAUAAGGAGCAGUAUCGGGCUGAUAUGAUUCGUUGGGGAGAAGCUCGGCGACGCGAGGACCCCGGAUUCUUCUGUCGCCUAGCAACCAGAGGAGCACGACAACCUGUCUGGGUGGUGAGUGAUGCGCGGCGGCUGUCAGACCUGCAGUGGUUCUGGUCGGAGUUUCCUCGACAGACUCAAAGUGUCAGAGUUCAAUGUUCAGAGAAAACACGCCAACAGAGGGGGUGGAGCUUCUCCCCAGGUGUGGAUGAUGCAGAGUCAGAGUGCGGGUUGGACAGUGGGGUUAAAUUUGAUUGGGUGAUCACUAAUGACGCAGACGCCCCCUCGUUAGAAGAGCAGCUGCAGCCAAUCCUGAAGCUAGCCAAGGAAGUAUCCUCAUCAUCUUCAUCGCACUGAGCAAAAGUUUUAUUGAUAACUGAUGAAUGUCACUGUUUUCUCCUUGAUGAUCAAUAAAGUUUUUCUAAGUCUGCAGCUCCGCCA